UCCACGCCACAUUUCCCCGCCUGGACUCCCUCCAUGAAACCCUGCACAGUUCAGCACUGAUUCAAUGUAAACACAAAAACGUGGUGUUUUCACACAUACUGCCUGUAUUUAUUUCUGGAUAAACGCUUUUGGUCCACUUGGAGAUUGAAAAAACGCGUCACUCGCCGACAGAGUUGGAGGUCCGGCUGAGGUGGAAGCUGCGUCUCGAACCCCAGUUCCUGCUCCUCACUCACAAUGGCCAGUGAAGAGAAGAAACCAGAGACCGAAGCGACGAAAACGCCGACAGCCUCCGCUGCUUCGGCCAGCCAGAGUAAAUCCGCACCUGCGAAGCCGAACUACACACUGAAGUUCACUCUCGCGGGCCACACAAAGGCGGUCUCCUCGGUCAAGUUCAGUCCCAGUGGCGAAUGGCUUGCCAGCUCGUCUGCUGAUAAACUUAUCAAAAUAUGGGGUGCGUAUGAUGGGAAGUUUGAGAAGACGAUAUCCGGACACAAACUUGGGAUCUCAGAUGUGGCCUGGUCCUCGGAUUCUAACCUCCUGGUCUCAGCGUCCGAUGACAAAACCCUGAAAAUCUGGGACGUCAGCUCUGGAAAAUGUCUGAAAACCUUGAAGGGCCACAGCAACUAUGUGUUCUGCUGUAAUUUCAACCCUCAGUCCAACCUCAUUGUCUCUGGAUCAUUUGACGAGAGCGUUCGGAUAUGGGACGUAAAGACGGGGAAGUGUCUGAAAACAUUGCCGGCUCAUUCGGACCCGGUCUCUGCAGUCCAUUUUAACAGAGAUGGCUCUCUGAUCGUGUCCAGCAGCUACGAUGGCCUGUGCCGUAUUUGGGAUACAGCAUCAGGCCAGUGCCUUAAAACGCUCAUUGAUGACGAUAACCCCCCUGUGUCCUUUGUAAAGUUUUCCCCCAAUGGCAAAUACAUUCUGGCUGCCACGCUGGAUAACACUCUGAAGCUUUGGGACUACAGCAAAGGAAAGUGCUUGAAAACGUACACCUGUCACAAAAAUGAGAAAUAUUGCAUAUUUGCGAAUUUCUCCGUCACGGGCGGCAAGUGGAUUGUCUCGGGCUCGGAAGACAACAUGGUUUACAUCUGGAACCUGCAGACGAAGGAGAUCGUACAGAAACUGCAGGGUCACACAGAUGUAGUGAUCUCCACCGCCUGCCAUCCAACAGAGAACAUCAUCGCAUCAGCAGCACUAGAGAACGACAAGACCAUCAAGCUGUGGAAGAGCGACUGCUAAGCUAGAACACACGCAGGCUUUAUUUUUUGUUAUUGUUGCUUUUUUUUAAUUUUGUAUUUUUCAUUUUUUGGGGGAAGAAGGACAUUUAUUACGAGGAACACGAGGCCAGGCCGUUCAUUCCAAUGAUCGGUUGGUCUUUGCGGGAAGCGCGGUGUACGCCGUGUCCAGAGCAGCCAGCGCAGAGACUUGCGUUUUAAAACAAAAACAAACCACACCACUUCUUUAACCAUCUCUGCACUCAAACAAACAAACAAACAAUCUCUCCAUUCUUUCUUUCUUUGUGUAUAUCUCUGCUUUACCUAAACAUGAGCUGUUCCCUUCUUUGAUCAGUUUAAACCUUCAGCGCUGAUAACGUGUAUAUUUUGGUCUUGUAGAUCUAGGCAGCUUCGAGUCCUCUUCUAGCUAACAGGCUUUCUAACAACUUCUGCUUUGUAGAAAGUGUUGAUUUUGUACAUUAACUCGAGCCAAAAGUGUACCAUUCAGUUGAAAAUUCACCAUUUCUCAGACAUGAAAUGUUCUGGUCUGGUUGUUGUCUGUGUGCCUGAUUAAGGUGAAAUUGAUUAAACUGAUUACACCACAGUGCAAGAUGGGAUAAAGAGGAA